GAGCACACGCGAGACUUGCAACCCUACAGCGAGAGGGGCUCGUGCGGGAGAUAGACACACUGUCGGCCUGGCUGACGGAACUCAUUCGUCUCGAGUUUAAUUCGGAUUCAACAACGACAGUGAAGUCGACGAGGUCGAGUCGCUGGAGAAAGUCCAGUGUUCGAUCAAAAUGAUCGGAACGAGGUGCAUCGCGAGCACUGCUGCUGUCUCAGCAAGCGUUGCUGUGCAGGCCACGGAGAAUUUGAGGAGUAGCAGAGCCACCGCUCCUUCGAGCAUUUGUGCGGUACGAGUUUCGCAGAAGUGUAAUGGCUUGUUGGGUCGUCCACAGACUUCUGCUGGCGUCUUCGUUUCCAGCAGCAGGUCUGGCAAGAGCAAGCGGUCGAGCAGAGGAGAGAUCGUCUGCAGCGUCGUUGCGCAGAAUGAGAGUGUGACUGCGGAGGCACAAGCCACGACAGCAGCCGCUGCGUAUAGCACGAAGGAUGGGUUUAUGUAUUGUGAGAAUGAGAGGAUUCAGGAUAUUAUCGUCAAAGAGAAUAUUGACUGGUGCUUUUACCUUUACAGCCAGUCUCAGCUGACUCGCAAUUACCAAGCUUACCAGCAAGCCCUGGAGGGUCUCCCCUCGAUUAUAGGGUAUGCCAUAAAGGCUAACAACAACUACAAGAUUUUGGAGCAUUUUGCCAACCUCGGAAGUGGCGCUGUCCUGGUCAGUGGCAAUGAGCUGAAGAUGGCCUUGAAGGCAAAAUUCGAUCCUACCAGGUGCGUCUUCAAUGGAAACGGGAAGUUACAGGAGGAGCUGAAUUUGGCAGCUGAACACGGUGUUCUUGUCAACAUUGAUAGUGAGUUCGAUCUUGACCACAUUAUUGAGGCUGGCCGCGUCAGGAAGGUCAGGGCCAUGUUGCGUAUCAAUCCCGAUGUAGAUCCUCAGGUUCACCCCUACGUUGCUACCGGAAACAAGAACUCAAAGUUUGGCAUUCGUAACGAGAAGUUGCGUAACUUUCUAGACAAAAUUAAAAGCCAUCCGAACGAGGUUGAAUUAGUUGGAGUGCAUUGUCAUCUGGGAUCAACUAUCACCAAGGUCAAUAUCUUCAAUGAUGCCGCACUUUUGAUGGUGGAAUACAUUGAUGCGAUAAGGAAGGAAGGAUUCAACCUUCAGUUUUUGAAUAUUGGUGGAGGGCUGGGUAUUGACUACUACCAUGCAGGCGCUGUCCUCCCUACACCAACGGAUCUGAUUAAUACAGUAAGGGAUUUGGUGAAAGAGAAUGGACUUACUCUCAUCAUUGAACCUGGGAGGUCACUGGUGGCCAAUACAUCAGUCUUCGCUAGCCAAGUCGUUGGUGUAAAAACCAAUGGGAACAAGAACUUCGUUGUUGUUAAUGGGAGCAUGUCCGAGCUCAUUCGCCCGAGUCUCUAUGGUGCCUAUCAGCACAUAGAGCUCAUUGCGCCUCCCCCAGCUGACGCGAAGGUGGAGGUCUUUGAUGUUGUGGGACCUGUUUGUGAAUCUGCCGACUUUUUGGGCAAGGACAGGGAACUGCCAACCCCUGUAGAGGGUUCUUGGCUAGUUGUACAUGACGCUGGAGCGUACUGCAUGGCGAUGGCAUCUACUUACAAUCUGCGAAUGAGACCUGCUGAGUACUGGGUCAAGGAAGAUGGCUCAACCGCUAAAAUAAGGCAUGCCGAGACCCUCGACGAUCACUACCGAUAUUUUGAAAACUUGUGAGACUUCUGUGAAACGGGCUCGAGCUUCGAAGGGAAGUGCGCGGAAUCAGACAGGAAAUUGUUUAGGUCCAGGCUUAUGAAGUAUGUAAUGGGAGUCCAAGAUCGCCGUAGCUCAUAAUCUCAUUCAAUCAGCAGGAAGUAAUUUUUCCAACUCUGAAAGGCGUGGCACCACUCGUAGAUAUCUCUCGGUCUGCCCGUAUUCGAUUUUUCGCUCUCGGGUGCUCUUGACUGGAUGCUGGAGCUGUCCAAGUUAGCAGAGGAUUUCCAGCCCUGAGGCAUUGUAUAAUCUCCAAUGAGGAGUCCAUUUUUUGAAUCUCUGUUAUUCGGUGUAAGUUAAACCAGAGUUUUAUCGCUGCUAAGUUCUCA